ACCCCGCCAUCUUUGCAUAGGACGAUAUUUCCAGCAAGUCGCAACAAUCAUUAUCAUCACAACACUACACACACCCAAGCCACAGCAUAACAACACCUUCCAUCAUGGUGCAUGCGCAUGCGCAUGCGCAUCGUGACCAUGUCGCCAAUCUCCACGCGCGAAACCCCGACAACGAUGUCACCGUGGUCUAUGUCACUCUAUCUGCAGACUUCGAUGGGCCUAUUGGAGGGUAUGUGACCAUGUCACAAACUUCCUCGGACAAAAGCGACAAGGCAACCGCCGGUCUAGGUGCCCCGAUUCAGCAGACUCGGUCCUCUUCGAAGGAGGAAACAACCACGAUCCAGACAAGCGAGAAGACGAAGGUCGAAGCCACAGCAACCGCCACGAAGGACUCUGAUCGCCAAUCCACCACCACACAGAAGGCAGAGCAGACGACUCACGCAUCGGAGACAGCGAUUACUGAACAGGUUCACACAUCGACGGCCCAAACUACAUUUCAAACCAGCUCCUCUUCCUCGACUUCGGCUAUUACUGGAUUAGAGGAUGCUGCUGUCACUGCAUCGUCCACAAGUGUUCCCGCAGCAUCGGCCUCUCCCACGGCUAUGCCUGCUUCGCAAGGCCUUACUGGUGGUGCGAAGGCAGGAAUCGCUAUCGGUGUGAUAGUAGCAGUCGGUGCGAUUGCAGUUUUCAUCCUCCUCUGGCUCCGCAAGAAAAAGCAAGGUCAGCACAUUCAGGAAGUCGAACGUGAGAAUGAGAAGUACGUGCGCCAGGAUGAUAUCGCACCCCCUCCCCCUCCGAAGCCGGAAUCUGUGACCUCGCCCAGUCCGCCCCAGCUCAACAUUCGCCCUGUGACUCAAUUUGCACCCUUCGCAUCGGAUUUCGCGUCGAACAGUGGUGCGGCUGGACUCUCUGUGGGUGGCAGUCUCGCACCCGUUGCUGAAUCUGCUGUUGUCAGUCGCUCUCUCACGGAUCAUCCUUCGCCGCCCCAAACACCAAAGUCCAGCUCUCAUGGUUCAGAUCCAUUUGGCGACCCUGUCAACCCCUUCAGCAAUGGUGCGGAAGCCCCAUCUCCUCUCGCCUCGAGCACUGCACUUAGCAUUGCAUCUGCACCUGUCCCACAAGCUACCGAGGAGGCCGCUUCUACUCCAGAAGAGACAGCUGCUACUGCGGAGACCGAGCAGAUUUCACCAGUUGUGAGUGCCGCUGAGUCGGAACCGGUUGCUGAAGACGCCAUCGUUACUGGUGUUGCGGCCGCAGCUGCUGUCGUUGGCGUUGCAGCUGUAGCUACUUCUACGUCGAAAACACAAGAAGAGCAACUGCCCGUGUCUCUUGAAGACUCCGAAACAGGUCCCCAAGCUAUUUCCCAAGAGGCCGUCCUAGAUGGUACUCCCACCGCUGCUACUCCAAGCACACCCGUCACUGUUCCUGUCGCCGCCCCUGGACCACGCCCUCCGCCUUCCGGGCCUGCUCCUCCUCCACCAGGAAACGUGCAUCGCGUGCAAAUGGACUUCAACCCUUCAAUGGAGGAUGAGUUGGAACUUCAUUUCGGUCAGCUUGUCAGACUUUUGCACGAAUAUGACGACGGGUGGGCUCUAUGCACUAGACUUGAUCGACCACAACAGGGUGUUGUCCCUCGAUCAUGUCUAUCUUCGCGGCCUCUGAAGCCCAGACCCCCUCCAGGUCCUGGAGCUCGUGGCCCGCCGAUGGCAGCGCCCAAUCGUCCUAUGCCCCCUAGGCCCACCACGCCAUCGUCCAACUUCAAUCCUCCGGUGCCUCGGCCACAGUCGCCUGCUCGUCCGAUGUCGCCUGGCCAGCCCAGCUACGCCGGUCCCGGUCCUAUGCCACUGCGUCUCCCCAACCAGCGUCCCAUGUCCCCUGCUCAGGGACCACCUGCUCCCAGAUCAUUCUCGCCGGGGCCAGGCCCUAGACCGAUGGCACCCAGAUCAAUGAGCCCUGGACCUUACGGUCUUCCAGGGAUGCAGAAGCCUUCCAUGCCGGCAAGCCAGCGGUCACGAAGCAACAGUACGGGUGCUGCUAUGGGGCCCAACCCUCGCCAAGGCGGGUUUCCGGGUCCGAGUCCCUUAGGAGGUCCGAUGAUGCCACCAGUGUCCACCAUUCCCAGGGCCACACCGACCGUUGUCGAAAGCCCGAUCUCGGAGACUGGCAACCGCGAGUGGUGAUUGCCUUGCUCAACUCGGCCUGAACAAACGGAGUCACAGCUUGGUUGACUUCUGCGAUACGCGCAUAAUACACGCCACUAUGCUGGAAGCCUGGACAUAGCUUCAGCUGCAGUAC